AAGCGCUUGGGAUUGAUUUGCAGCCCCAAACGCCCCAGAAGCGAUGUCUGGAAGCGCCCGGCUCAUUAAUGCCGUACUGCUGUGCCACAGUACACUGCAGCAUUUCCUGGCCCUCUUUGAACUCUUAUAUCUCGAUUCCCGUCGCAAUGUAGAACGAACGUAAUCUUUCAAUUCUCUCGCAAAACAAUUCGGACGAUGAAUGGGGUGGCUCGCCCAAACGGGGGUGCUAGUCGCGCUCUUAAUACAUCACUCAGCAUCGACGCUUUCGCCAGGGAGCUGCGAAUGGAGCAAGAUGGUCAGACAGGUUCUCGCGCCAUAGAUCAAAACGCUUCUGCUCCUCCAAGUCCCGUCUCGCCAGUUGCCGGUCGUCCAGCGGGGGACAGACUCUCGCCCGCAGGAAACCCCUCGCAUCAGCAAACCAGAAGGUCACAUUCUUCAGUCACAUACGUUGAUGGCGACGAUAGGGUGUCCGAUAGCUCGCCGCGAUGGCUGCCAUGGACACUUCGCUGGUAUCUACUGCUCAUUCCCAUCGCUGUAUCGUUAAUUCUCUCCGUGGUCAUCUCCGUCUUAUGCUGGUACUCUCGCUCCAACUACGGUCUUGGGCGCGACGAUGACUCUUCCGCUCUCCUCUUUGGAUGGAGGUUCACACCCACUCUGGUCGUCGUCCUAUACUGCCAACUUGCGUUCAUGAUUUUCGAGGACGUCAAACGGACCGAGCCAUUUGCCCGCAUGGCAAGACCUGGCGGCGUCAGCGGUUUCGCAUCCAUCCUUCAAUCUCCCCGGUCAUGGUGGAAAGCACUGGCUGAAUCAUUCGGUCGGAAGAAGAAGGGUAUCCCGAGGAGCUGGGUCCUCCUGUUCUCCACGCUUACUUAUGUGAUCGGAUUCCUCGCUCUCUCUCCAUUGUCCUCCUCGCUCCUUACGUCGGAGGAUGUCGCAGUCAAGCGCAGUGCCAACUUCAACCUCAUGGAACCUGCUCCAGACGCAGCGCUUACGCUGCAGCCGAGCCGCGAUACCUACUUUCGAACCAUUGGCAAUUUUCUGCAAAAUGUUUCCACCUCCGCAUGGAUCGGCGACAUAUACUAUGCGCACCCCUUUUGGCCAGCUAGCCUGGAAAAAGUCCCCUUAGACCCAAAGGUAUCGAGCUCAGUGGGUACUUGGACCGCUUCAAGCCCCGUUUUCAGUACAGAACUCCAAUGUGAGGCACUGAAUCUCACUGGAAAGGGGCGCAACCUUCGUCGACUGCCCAUUACGGAUGAUGAUGGCACACCCAAGAAUACCACGGCCACUGACAACAUCACCACGUUCUGGUUCUCCAUGGAGUCACCCGGAGGCUGCGAUUACAGCCUGGAGAUAAGCCUUGGUAGCGAGUUCAUUCCAACAGGAGGAUUGAUCUGGGCCGAUUUACCAACCUUGGUCUCCCAAAACAAUAACGGAACCACAUCGACGUCAAUCUACCAACACAACAUCUCCGCCAAUUGCCAAGAUAGAGAACUGUUUCUUGUGACGACACCAUGGAUCGACUGGGGUCUUGGAUAUGCCGAAAAUCAAACCUUUUUGUCCAAUUUCACGAUGCAGGGCCAUAUCUGCAUAUCCAGCUAUUACGUAGCUCGACUCCCAGUGAUAAUGAGAACAUCAACGUUGGAUUCCACCAUGAAAAUUGACGAUGAGCUGUUCCGAGAGAAACGGGUGCGGGUUCCACCAGGGCUUUUGGAUGUGGGGAGCCUACAAGACUUGAGCAUGGCUGGCAAUUGGACUCAUUAUAUGGCUAUUACCACGGAUGAUGCGUUCCGCGCUAAAGCUCCAAUGGAUGGCCCGGGGAUAAUAUUAGCCGCCAUGCACGACUUUAGUCUUUCGAAUCUGGUACGAAGCACGCAGUUGGUGGAAGAAGCCCAGCGCUUGAAACAGAGAUUCUUUGGCGAAAUCCUGCAGCGGUCUCUCCUUCAGUCAUCAACAGCCGAGACACAAUCUUCCACAGGAGAACUCACUCAAAUAGAGCGGCGGGUGGUGGUCGUCCCGGAAGUUGGGAUUCUGAUGGCUGUUCUGUUCUUCGUCUCCUUUCUUCUCCUCGCCUUCACUCAUUGGUUUUCGCGUCCACGCCAACGCCCACUCCAUCUGUUCGUCGAUCCUUCCACGCCGCUUGGACUUGGAUCCCUAGUUGCAUCCAAGCGCGAUGUACUAGUCCCGUUGAAACCCUUGGAUCAUUCUUCGAAGAGGGAAAGAAAGGCCGCUUUGCGGGAUAAAGGAUACGCAGUCACCAGAGGCGUUUUACACGAAGCCGUCGCGCCUGCCACGACGAAGAAGCAGAAAAGCAAGAAGCACAACCCAGACUGGCGCCCACGAGUGAUGCGCUUGAAGACUUUAACCGCAUUACUCGCUAGUCUCGCAUGCCUAGUGGUUGGCCUUGCCGUUCUGAAGCACUACGCGGAUCGCGCAGAACUGUUCCAGACGUUCUUCGUAUACCAAACAAGCAUUCCCAUCUUCAACAAACGGAUCUCGUCCAUUGCGCCUUACUCUAUUGUACCCACCGUGCUGGCGGUGGCGGUUGGUCUAUGGUGGGAUUCACUCGACAAGUCCUUCCGCUUGCUGCAACCAUAUUUAUCGAUGUCCAAAACAACGCCGAGCCUGUCCGAAGGUGCUGGCCUUCAGUAUCAAACGUCAUACUGGGCAUGGGCGUCUUUCAGAGCUGCCAAGAACAGGCACUGGCUCUUGUUCGCGGUUACGCUUGGGAGCACGUUGAGCCAAGUCUUCAUUGUAUCCAUGUCCGCGCUCUUCACAAGAGAACCAGGAGUCUCAAUUGAUUCCCUCCCGGUCAACCGCACACUGGAGAUCCGCCAGAUUCCUCGAGUGGAUCUUGUCGCUCAAAUCCCGGGCGUACAUGGGUAUUCAGAAUGGCGUGUGAUGAACAUGGCAUUCAUGAACUCCACCUCUAACUGGAUGUACACCGCAACUAUCCAAUUAACCCUUAACGGACCCGAGCCGGCCUGGAGCCAUCAAGGGUGGAGCUUUGCCCCUGUCGAUGUCUCCGGAUUCUCCAACAUAACAUCGAGAUCUUUACAGCACACUGGUGACUCGCUCGACGAUGGUGUUGAGAUUGAGCCUCUCGUUUCCUCGAGGAACAUCACUCUAUCCACCACCGGCAUUAGGGCCAGAGUAGAGUGUAGCCCAAGUCCGCACAUCGCAAACGUUGCCUCAUGGCUCGAUGAGCAUGACCUCACCAACAAAUCGACGUGGAACGUAACCGCAAAUCCGAGGGACCAGCGCACGGGUUACCAACUUCCACUAUACAUGUUCUAUGAUGGACGCAAUUAUACGAACAUGUAUGAUGACGCAUACAAUUAUACCACGUCUGCAUUGUCGCACAGCGCCGAAGUAUUUUGCUGCGCAAAUGGGACAGACCAGAAUCAAGGCUCUCGCGCUAGCGCACUAGGAUACUGGUCACCGAACCAAGGCGGACGUUUCCCUUUUCAGAAAACGAAUUUCACGUCGAAGUGGAUUUACGGGUCGGCAAGGACGGACUAUUACAGGAUCUAUGACAACCAAAGCAUACCUGGGCCGCUCAUCUUUUCGGAAGUCCCAAGCUUGCAGGCACUCGAGUGUAUGCCUAUUGUUGAGACCGCGGAAGCGGACGUCACCGUUGACCAGGGCACUGGCCAGGUCUAUUCGUACAGCCUUCACGGACACCCUGAACCUGCUAGCGUAGCGUGGAGCGAUGCAUUUCUAACGCGCGAGGACGUGAGCAGGGUGAACGACACAAGCAUCACUUCCUUAAACGUUACUACCAGUUACGGUGUCUUCUUCCUCAAUACCCUCCUUGGUGCUGCCCAACUGCCCAACCUCGAAAAGGUACCACAGAACUGGCGCCUUCCCGCCUAUCCCGAAGACCAACUACUCGAUGAUAACACUUUCAACGUCCGAGAUACUAGCACAGGCUUGAAUAUGGACUUCAUGAGCUACUCCAUGUACACGCUCGCCGGGAAGGAUCCCAGAGCCCUACUCAAUCAAGAGACUCUGCUCAAUCUCACCCAGCUCACGUUCACGACCUACUUCCAGCAUUUCGUCAGCAGCAACUUCUCGCUAACAAACGGGGGCCUCGCAUACCAGAAAAUCGGCGAGCAACUUCAAACCGAUUUACCAAUCCGUUUCGACACGGCCCAGCGGGCCUGGGUGAACGACCCAGCACCGGUCUAUCCAGACCUGAACACCAACCGCACCGCCGUCGCCACAGUAUCCACACGCAUCGAAGUCCUCCGCAUGAACGCGGUGGCCACCUGGCUCUCCGUCGCCAUCCUCCUCUGGCUCAUGCUCACGACCGUCCUCAUCGCAGCCCUGCAGCGCACAUACCUCGGCUCCAUCAUCCGCAACUUCGAGUCCCCCGCCGACGUGCUCGUCGCGAUCGCCGGCAGCGACAACUUCCUCAACAUGAUACGCGACGGCACGUUUGCGGAGCUGCGGAGGAACACGAAUAUCAGGGCACGGCUGGGCUGGUUUGUCGACGCGACCGGGAGGAAGAGGUGGGGGAUUGAGGUUGUGGGCGGGCCGAAUGCGGUUAGGUGGACGGAGUGGCCGGCGUAUAAGCCGUUGAGGACGGUUUCGACGGCGAGGAGUGGCCGGUUUGAGAGACUGAAGACGAGGACGAAGAGCUUUGGGUUGUAGAGGAUGGGGAGUGGGUGAGGGCGUUCAGGAAUCAAGUGCUGAUUCAACGUUAUGCGGUACUUUAGUCGCUUGGAGCGGAGAGA